AUGGCUGGUGCAUUAAGUAGAGCAAAGGAAACUUUACCGAAAGUAAAAGACUCUGAAAAGGAGAGUGAUUAUGGAUAUGUGUUCGCCGUCUCUGGUCCAGUCGUAACUGCGGAACAAAUGACAGGAACAGCUAUGUAUGAGCUGGUCAGAGUUGGUCAUGAAGAGCUUGUUGGUGAAGUUAUUCGUAUAGAUGGCGACAAAGCGACUAUUCAAGUCUAUGAAGAAACUUCUGGUUUAACUGUAGGUGAUCCCGUAUUAAAAACCGGAAAGCCUCUUUCUGUUGAGUUAGGACCUGGUUUGAUGUCCAAUAUUUAUGAUGGAAUUCAACGACCAUUAAAGGAAAUCUACGAACUUUCCCGUAGUAUUUACAUUCCACGUGGAAUUUCCACUCCUGCAUUGGACAAAAAGUUGUUUUGGGAAUUUGAACCUUCUAACUAUAAGAUUGGAGAUCACAUUACUGGUGGAGAUAUUUACGGCAAGGUGUUUGAAAACUCUUUAGUGAACGAUCACUACAUUAUGUUGCCACCCAAAGCCCUUGGCACAAUUACAUAUAUCGCAGAAAAGGGAUCCUACAGCUUAGAGGAUACAGUGCUAGAAAUUGAAUUUGAAGGUCAAAAGUCUAAACAUUCAAUGUUGCAACUUUGGCCCGUUCGAUCACCUCGCCCAGUUACUGAAAAAUUAAUAGCCAAUUCCCCUCUAUUUACCGGUCAGCGAGUUUUGGAUUCACUGUUCCCGUGUGUGCAAGGUGGUACUACUGCUAUCCCUGGGGCUUUUGGAUGCGGGAAAACAGUCAUUUCUCAAUCUUUGUCGAAGUAUUCUAACUCCAAUGUCAUUAUAUAUGUUGGAUGUGGAGAAAGAGGCAAUGAAAUGGCUGAAGUAUUAAUGGAUUUCCCAGAACUUUCAAUCGAAAUAAACGGCCGUCAAGAGUCCAUAAUGAAACGCACUGCAUUGGUGGCAAACACUUCGAACAUGCCAGUGGCAGCUCGUGAAGCGUCUAUUUAUACUGGUAUUACACUUUCGGAGUAUUUCCGUGAUCAGGGCAAGCAUGUUUCCAUGAUAGCAGACUCCACUUCCCGUUGGGCUGAAGCCCUUCGAGAAAUAUCUGGUCGUUUAGCCGAAAUGCCAGCAGAUAGUGGCUAUCCUGCGUAUUUGGGUGCUCGGUUAGCAUCUUUCUAUGAACGUGCUGGAAAAGUUACAUGUCUUGGAAAUCCAAAACGAGAAGGAAGUGUAACUGUUGUAGGAGCCGUCUCACCGCCGGGUGGAGACUUUUCCGAUCCAGUUACUUCAGCAACGCUUGGUAUUGUUCAAGUAUUUUGGGGUUUAGAUAAAAAACUUGCUCAACGCAAGCAUUUUCCAUCCGUCAAUUGGUCUUUGAGUUAUUCAAAAUAUCUCAAAGGUUUAGAAAAUUACUAUGAAAGUAUAGAGCCUGAAUUUAUUUCUUUAAGAGACAAAACCAAAGAAGUUCUUCAAAAGGAAGAAGAUCUUUCAGAAAUUGUCCAGCUUGUUGGAAAGAGUGCACUUGGUGAAGCAGACAAAAUCACAUUGGAAAUUGCUAAGAUCAUCAAAGAUGAUUUUCUACAACAAAAUGGAUACUCUUCAUACGAUCGUAAUUGUCCAUUUUAUAAGACCACCUGGAUGCUUAAAAAUUUGAUUGGAUUUUAUAAUGCAGCUACUCAUGCCGUCGAAGUCACAAAUGGUGAAAUAACAUGGGCAAAAAUCAAAGAAAGGAUGGAUGACCUUUUGUAUAAACUUAGUUCUAUGAAGUUUGAAGAUCCCGCAGAAGGCGAGGAAGUUCUUCGUGAACGUUACCAAAAGCUUUACACUGAAAUCCAUGAAAGAUUCAGACAAUUACUUGA